UUGGCACUGAAUGCUUCAACAAAGGAUCUUUUUAUUCAGCAUUAGAAAGUUGUAUGGGUAGCCAAUUUUGGUGUGUCAUCCUUUAAGUUGAUCAUGGGUGAAAGAGCUUUAGUAUUCCUACUACUAUUUUUCACUCAUUCGUUGAUUGUACUAGCAAAUACAGCAAAUCAGGAUUACACUGCUCUGCUGACUCUAAUGAGUGAAUGGGAUAACGUUCCACCUAAUUGGGUGGGUUCAAAUCCUUGCGGUGGCUGGGAUGGCAUUGAGUGUACAAAUUCACGCAUUACCUCCAUAUCAUUAGCAAGCAUGGGUUUGUCUGGUCAACUUGCUUCAGAUAUUGGAUUACUCUCUGAACUCGUGAUCUUGGAUCUGUCUUACAAUAAGAAUUUAACUGGACCACUUCCCGAUAACAUUGGAAAGUUGAGAAAGCUGAAAAACUUACUUCUUAUUAACUGUGGUUUCACUGGUCCUAUUCCAGCUACAAUUGGAAAUCUAGAACGGCUUGUCUUCCUAUCUUUAAAUUCGAAUGGAUUCACUGGUCCAAUUCCAGCUGCCAUUGGGAAUCUCUCAAAUGUGUAUUGGCUAGACUUAGCUGAAAACCAGCUUGAAGGGUCCAUCCCCAUAUCCAAUGGAACUACCCCUGGUCUUGACAUGAUGUACAACACAAAGCAUUUUCAUUUUGGGGUGAAUAAGCUUUCAGGAAACAUACCUGCUGAACUUUUUAGCUCAAAAAUGUCUCUCAUUCAUGUGCUUUUUGAAAGCAACCGAUUUACUGGAAGCAUUCCAUCUACACUUGGCCUUGUUAAGUCUCUGGAGGUGGUCCGUUUUGAUAACAACUUUUUUAGUGGGUCUUUGCCUGAGAACAUCAACAAUCUUACAAGUGUUAGGGAACUGUUCCUGUCCAACAAUCGCCUGUCUGGUUCCCUCCCAAACCUUACUGGAAUGAAUUCCCUCCGUUACCUAGAUAUGAGCAAUAACAGUUUUGAUCCAUCCAACUUUCCACUGUCGUUGUCCACUCUUCCAGCAUUGACGACAAUAAUGAUGGAGAAUACAAAACUUCAAGGAGCUAUUCCUGUUUCUUUGUUCAACCUGCAACAGUUGCAGACAGUGGUGCUGAAAAACAACCAGCUAAAUGGCACUUUAGAUAUUGGCAAAUCCAUCAGCGACCAACUGGACCUUCUUGAUUUGCAGAUUAAUUAUAUUGAAGAAUUUAAACCACAAAUCGACGUUUCUAAAGUGAAGAUAAUACUUUUGAAUAAUCCAAUUUGCCAAGAGACAGGAGUUCCACAGAGUUAUUGUUCCAUAACAACACCUAACAACUCAUAUUCAACGCCACCAGAAAACUGUGUACCUGUUCCCUGCAGCUUAGAUCAGACAUUAAGCCCGAAAUGCAAAUGUGCAUACCCAUAUACAGGAACCUUAAAUCUCAGAGCUCCUUCCUUCUCAGAUUUGGAAAACGAGACUGUCUAUGUAACCCUUCAGUUAAGUCUGAUGCAGUCUUUUCAACAUAAUGAUAUACCUGUUGAUUCAGUUUCUUUAAGCAAUCCAAGGAAGAACACGUAUCAGUACCUUGAAUUGACUUUAAAAGUAUUUCCAUCUGGCCAAGAUCGUUUUAAUCGAACUGGAAUUUCCAGUGUAGCCUUUAUUCUCAGCAACCAAACAUAUAAGCCUCCUUCAAUGUUUGGACCAUAUUAUUUUACUUCUGAUGACUAUGAAAACUUUAUGAAUGACACAGUACUAGAAGGUCCUGUGAUACCACCUAGUAAAUCUUCAAAUACUGCCAUCAUAGCUGGUGCUGCGGCUGGUGGUGCUGCCCUGUUGGUUUUAAUACUUGUUAUAUUUGUGUAUGCUCUCCACCGGAAGAAUAAGCCAGUAAAAGCAACUGGGAAACAUAAUCCUUUUGAACAAUGGGGUCCGGAUGAGAGCAGUAGUAGCAUCCCACAGUUGAAAGGAGCAAGGUGCUUCAGUUUUGAAGAGAUACAGAACUGCACCAAAAACUUCUCACAAGUCAAUAAUAUAGGAUCUGGCGGUUAUGGGAAGGUUUAUCGGGGAACUCUUCCCAACGGCCAACUAAUUGCAGUCAAGCGAGCUCAGAAGGAAUCUAUGCAGGGAGGGUUGGAGUUCAAAACCGAGAUUGAACUUCUAUCAAGGGUCCACCAUAAAAAUCUUGUCAGCCUUAUUGGUUUCUGCUUCGAGCAAGGAGAACAAAUGCUGAUUUAUGAGUAUGUUGCAAAUGGUACUUUGAAGGACACUCUUUUAGGGAAAUCUGGAAUCAGAUUAGACUGGAUUAGAAGGCUGAAAAUAGCCCUUGGUGCUGCCAGGGGUCUGGACUAUCUGCAUGAACUUGCCAAUCCUCCAAUCAUACAUAGGGACAUCAAAUCCACUAACAUUUUACUGGAUGAACGCUUGAAUGCUAAAGUGUCUGAUUUUGGUCUCUCCAAACCUUUAGGUGACGGUGCAAAAGGUUAUAUCACCACACAAGUCAAAGGAACAAUGGGCUACUUGGACCCAGAGUAUUAUAUGACUCAACAGUUGACUGAGAAAAGUGAUGUUUACAGCUUUGGAGUGCUAAUGUUGGAGAUGAUAACUGCAAGAAGGCCAAUAGAGCGAGGGAAGUACAUUGUGAAAGUGGUCAAGGGUGCUCUAGACAAGACAAAAGGCUUCUGUGGUCUUGAGGAAGUUCUUGAUCCUACUAUUGAAUUGGGGACAGCAUUGAAUGGUUUUGAGAAGUUUGUGGAUCUUGCCUUGCAGUGUGUUGAAGAGUCAAGUUCUGACAGGCCUUCAAUGAAUUAUGUGGUGAAAGAAAUUGAGAACAUGUUGCAGUUGGCCGGUUCAAGCCCCAUUUUAUCAGUAUCAGGGUCCACUUCAUCUAGUUAUAACAAUCCAACAAAGGGUAGUUCCCUCCAUCCUUACGACAAUGAAUACUUUGAUUCGAGUGUUGUCCUUCCACGUCCAUAAAUUCUGCCUGUGAUGGACAAAUUAUUACAUAGCCCUGUACUAUAUGGUCUCAAUCAACCUUUUUGUAUCAUAUAAUUAUAUGUUUUUAAUUUAUGAGCUAUGUAAUGUUUUCUCAGUAUGUAAGUAUCUUCACUUCAAAUGUAAGAAACAAUGAACAAAAAUGGAGGACAUGUUAAUAAUGUAUUAUGCUGUUUGCUUAAGACUGAACACGAAUGUUGAAGCUGAAGUUUGAG